AUGGUGGUUCAGACUAAAGUUUCCCUUGAUAGAAUAGCUUCAUUUCUCUGUCUCGACUACCUUCAUUUGUAUAUAGUACAAAAACUUUCGGAAGAUGAUGUCAAUAUUACAAUUGAGAUAGUCGAUGGGAAUUUCUCUUGGGACCUUCAUUCUCCUGAUCUCACAUUAAAAGAUCUUAAUUUUCGAGUGUAUCGUGGCAUGAGAGUGGCUAUUUGUGGGUCUGUUGGGUCAGGAAAGUCAAGCCUACUUUCAUGCAUAUUAGGAGAAGUGCCAAAGGUAUCUGGAACCAUUGAAUUGAAUGGAACGAAGGCUUAUGUUGCACAAUCACCUUGGAUACAGAGUGGAAAAAUAGUAGACAAUAUAUUGUUUGGUAAGGAGAUGGACAAGGAAAGGUAUGAGAGGAUCCUUGAAGCAUGUUCGUUGAAGAAGGACCUAGAAAUAUUUGCUUUUGGAGACCAGACUAUCAUAGGGGAGAGAGGUAUCAAUUUGAGUGGUGGGCAGAAGCAAAGGAUCCAGAUUGCACGUGCUUUGUAUCAUGAUACUGAUAUUUAUCUACUUGAUGAUCCUUUUAGUGCUCUGGAUGCUCACACCGGAACUCAUAUAUUUAAGGAGUGUUUGCUAGGAAUUUUGGGUUCAAAAACGGUAAUUUAUGUGACUCACCAAGUAGAGUUUUUAUAUUCGGCUGAUCUUAUCCUGGUUAUGAAAAAUGGAAGGAUUACCCAAGCAGGAAAUUACAAAGAAAUUUUUAAUUCAGGAAUUGACUUUAUGGAGGUAGUGGAUGAACAUAAGAAAUCUUUGGCAAAACUUAAUUCGGUUAAAUGUGAGGUUGUUUUGGAUAAUUUAAUUAAUGGUGGGGAAGAAGGAAAUAUAAUGUGUGGUGAGAAAUAUAUUCAAGAAGAUGAGGAAACGGAAACCGCAAUUGAUAAAAUAGAAAAAUGUGUUGAGCCAAAAGGGCAACUUGUCGAAGAAGAAAAGAGAGAAAAGGGUGUAGUUAAUUUUUUAGUAUAUUGGAAGUAUGUUACUGCUGCAUAUAAAGGGGCUUUUUUUCCAUUGAUAUUGCUGGUACAAAUUCUUUAUGAGUUUCUCCUAAUAGUCAGUAGUUAUUGGGUGGUUUUAGCUACUCCUAUUUCAAAGGAUGCCAUACCUUAUAUUAGAGGAUCCACUCUCAUCUUUGUUUAUGUUGCCUUGACCAUUGGAUGUUCUCUUUGUGUACUUAUAAGGUCCACCUUAAUUGUAACUAUUGGAUAUAAGACAGCCACUAUGUUCUUCAACAAAAUGCAUUUUUGCAUUUUCCGUGCCCCCCUAUCAUUUUUUGAUUCUACUCCAAGCGGAAGGAUUUUAAACCGGGUAUCCAUAGAUCAAAGUGCUAUUGAUACCACUAUUCCACAUAAAAUUGAAGAACUUCUUAUCUCAAUUAUAGAUUUCUUGGGAACUCUUGCAGUAAUGUCACAUGUUGCUUGGAAAAUGUUAAUAGUUUUUAUUCCGAUGACUGUGAUAUGCAUAUGGUACCAGCUCAUAUAA